AUGGACCAAGAAACUUCCAUUACCCAGAAGAUGCUGUCCGCCGUCUCUGGCAGCAUUCUGACCUCAUUACUUGUCACUCCUCUCGACGUUGUGCGCGUACGACUCCAAGCCCAGUCCGGUCCGUCUUCCCUCAAUGCCUCUACCCAGCCCUCCUUCGCAAGGCUCCCUCCCAAUCUCGGCAUCUCCGCCUGCUGUAGAGAAAUCUACUACGUUCCCAACCAGAGCCCUUACUGCAUGGCUUCAGACGCUGCUCUUACCGUCGACCAAAUGCUUAUUUCUCAAUGUGCCGCAGAGGAGACUCAACGGCGAACCUUCAACUCAACUCUCGAUGGCCUCAAGAAGAUUGCUAGAAACGAAGGUCUUACAACCCUGUGGCGCGGUUUGAGUCCCACAUUGCUCAUGUCGGUUCCUGCCAAUGUCAUCUACUUUGCUGGCUACGAUUGGCUGCGAGCAAACCCAAACAGUCCCAUGAAGGAUCGCGUCUCCGACAACUACGCUCCGCUUUUUGCUGGCUCCAGCGCCAGAAUUCUGGCCGCCAUCGUCGUCAGCCCCGUCGAAAUGUUCCGUACACGCAUGCAAGCCAGCCAUCCCGAGGCUGCCACCCCGACCGGUGUUUUUAGAGACACGUUAUCCGGAGUUCAAGAUAUGGUCAAGGCUGAUGGAUACCGCGCUUUGUGGAGAGGCCUCGGUCUUACUCUUUGGCGAGAUGUGCCCUUCUCCGCCUUGUACUGGUGGGGCUACGAAUACGGCAGACAGACAUUGCACAACGCACGAGAGGGUCCUGCCUCUCACGAACCUACCGGCAGCUUGAAGAACCGUGCAGUCAGCGAGCUCGACCACAAGACCGUCCUGGUCGACAGCUUUAUCGCUGGUGCGAGUGCCGGCGCCAUUGCUGCUUUCGUCACCACUCCUUUCGACGUUGGCAAGACUCGUCAACAAGUCGCUCGCCACUCCACCGACGCUGCGUCCUCGAUUGCUUCUGCUGUCCGUCCCGAGGAUAAGCUCAUGCCCCGCUUCUUGUGGCACAUCUACAAGACCGAAGGUGCCGCUGGCCUGUUCAAGGGAUGGGCUGCUCGUACUAUGAAGGUUGCACCUGCAUGCGCCAUCAUGAUUAGCAGCUACGAGAUUGGUAAGAAGAUGGCUGGCACUAUGAAUGAGAAGGCUGUCAAGGAGUCAUCAUCAUAG